CCAGGGUGUUGUAUUAUAUAACACCCUGGGAGAAAUAUAUCUCACAUCUAUAACUACCCCAGCUGCUUUGUUACAAUAUAUAUUGUAUGUACAGUGUUGUAUACAUAAGUAGUGCUAUAUAAAUACUAUUUAUCCUGUUUCCAAUUUCUGCUAUGGUAUAAUUGAAGUAGAAUUCUAUCUCUGUUGUGAUAUAAUAUCACUUCUCUACUUCAAAGGGAAAUUUGUAUUUAAAAUAUUGACUUGACUGAUGCCUCUUAUAGUCUCCUCGGAGGCUUUCUCCUCUGUGUCUUGUAACAUCCAGAAAUAGAGUGGCCUUUUUUUGAAUCAAGAUGAACCCAUUCAGGGCCGAUAUACUUUUACCCUUAGUAAGCAGUAAAUGCCUGUCUGUGCUUUACUAUCAGUUCCCACCAACACCUGCUUACUGAGCACUCACACACUACUGUCAAUGCCAGAAGCUUCUGCCUCAAUGUUCUUCAUGUAAAAUGACACAGAAACAGUCUUAGGUUCAGCAGUCUGCUUCUCUGUGUAUUAUGGUGCACUUUGCCUCUAGUUCAGAGGUACAAACAUGGAAUUCCUGGGAGCUCACCUUGCUUUUAGGUCCCGUUGGCAUAAGACAGACAAAGAGCUAUGCAGACAUAGCAUGUCAUUCGUUCUUCACAAAGCCAUACGCACAGAUUUCUUUGAGAGCUACCUUUACCUUCUUGAAAGACAACCUCUAGUAAAGCUCUAUGCACUGACCAGCGAAGUGAUUGAUGGUGAAAUGCAAUUCUAUGCCCGAGCCAGAAAUUUCUAUAGAGAUGUACCUGCAACUGAUGACGGCAUGAUGGGAGGUUUCUCUGAACUCUCUGAUAUUGAUACAGAAUCGUCAAGGGAGUUUCUCAGAAAGUUUGUAGGGGGCCUAGGGAAAGCUGGCACUGAUUUUGCCCUUGACUGCGGUUCUGGAAUAGGAAGAGUAAGUAAAAAUGUCCUUUUGCCAGUGUUUAGUAAUAUUGAACUGGUUGACAUGACGGAGCCAUUCUUAGAAGAAGCACAAAACUACCUGGAGGAAGAAGGUGACAGGGUGGAAACACUAUACUGCUACAGCCUUCAGGAUUUUGUCCCACCUUUAAGAAAAUAUGAUGUCAUCUGGAUGCAGUGGGUGUCAGGUUACCUGACCGAUAAAAAUCUUCUAGAGUUUCUUAUCCGCUGCAAAAAUGGUUUGAAAGACAAUGGAGUUAUUAUUUUAAAAGAUAAUGUAGCUAGGCAAGGCUGUAUCCUGGAUCCUACUGACAGCAGCGUCAUUAGGGAUAUUCACAUCUUAAGGAAUAUCAUUGAAAAAAGUGGGAUGUCCAUUCUCGCAGAGGAGAGACAGCCAGGCUUUCCAGAGCUUUGCAUUCCUAUAUGGAUGAUUGCAAUACAAUAGACCUAGUCUAAAAGUGUCUGCUGAAUUGGCUCCAUCAAGGAGGAUAAAGAAAACCUUAUAGGGACCUAGCAUUACAAAUGCAGAUUGCUGGUGAGGGUGCAGACAUGCCGCCAUUACAACAGACUAUAUAGAAUAAUAGCCUUUUGCCUAUGUGGCCAUAGUGUCUGAUAUCUGUAUUAUAGAGUCUGAGGGGUAUAUUUAUCAAAGAGUGAAGUUAAUAGUGAAGUUCUGCCACUAGAGUGAAAU